ACCGCAACUAAUAAAACUUGCAAUCUCAGACCGAGAAAACCAGACAAAAACUACCAACUCCCAAAGUCCCAAUUCCCAAGAACCAAACGCACCAGGCAGCUAUGGACAACUUCCAAGCCACCAGCAAACUCAGCCUCAUCGAAAACCAACGAAAACAACAACAGCAGCAGCAGCAGCCUUCUUCAUUAGCCUCAAACCUUAAACGAAACAAAAUCCUAAUCAAAACCUUCUUCUCACUAAUCAUCCUGUUGGCUUUCAUUACAGGAGCAAUGAUCAUAAAUCUCAUCCAUGGGCACAACAAAUCCCAAGAAAAGCUCAAACUCGACCAACAGACCGAGUCACUCCGAGGUUUCUGCUCCGUGACUCGGUUCCCGGAUCACUGCCUCAACUCAGUCAUUCUCCUACCUGACAACAGCCCAGAUGAUAUUUUCAUCGCAUCUCUCGAUUUAGCUAUAGAACGAGUCGUCAACUUCACUGUUCUCACGAGGGCUCUGAUCUUGCAGUCAAGUUCUGAUGCUGCGACUGAGUCAAGAAACGAGUCAGCCCUGUUCAGGUGCUCGAGUUUGAUCGAUGACUCUUUGAACCAGCUCAACAGAUCUUUGACUGCCUCCGGCGAGUCGUCGUUGUUCGGUCUCCGAGUUGACUCGGGGGAGAUGGAAGAACUGGUCAGGGAGAAGAUUAAGGAGGUGAGUUCCCGGGUGAAUCAGGCAGCGAAUGGUCUACGGAGAUGUUUCGCGAUUCUUGGGGAAGACAAUUCGACGGCUGUGAUUGAAUUGAGAAGUGGGGUGUAUGAUGGUAUAAUGCACGGAGUGGACCCCGCAGACUAUUCCCCAUCCUCCACAACUUGUUGGCAGUAAGGUUCGAACCAGGGACCUAAGGCUCCAUUUUCAGCAAUCUCAACCGCCAGACCAAACCCCGGAGGGUCGCGUUGAUUUUCUAGUUGAUAUAAUAGAAUAAGAUAAAAAGUAACAUGCUGCGACUUGAAGGACACGAUCCAUUGUGAACUUUUUUUUUAUUGUAAGAGGUUUUUAAAUUAUGGAAGUUGUUCAAAUGCCAACCAAUUCCUCAUUUCCUAAGUAUAAAAUGUCCUUGGUUGUUGAUCAAAUCAUAUACAUUGCCCAUUGGCAAACUCACUUCUUUAUUGUUGUCAAUGUUCAUAUUUCAUCUUUCAGAACUUU